CGUUGUCCUAAUUAUCUUCAAAUAGGAACGAAAUUCUCAAGGCCAAGAAAAAGACGACAGUGGGAGCAUUAAAGAAGGGACCUAUUGAUCAGACAGCGGACGAUGUGGAUUCGGAAUCAGAAUCAUUGGACUCUGCCGACAGCGACAUGGACAUGGACAUGGGCAUCGAUAUGGACGAUAGCGACGAACUUAUGUCGGACGAAGAGCUAGAGAUGGCGGAGGGCCACUAUGAGAGCGUAGGCGAUGACGACAGCGACGAAGAUGAGGAGCAAAGGAUAGAGGAUUCAGAUGAAGAGCAGGAUUACGAGCAGACACUUCGCAGGCCCGAGGGUUGGUCAGAGAAGGGUAGCACACGGUUGCCCAUUAAGUUGGCAGACGGUCGCAUUAAGGAGGUUAAGGAUGACCGUGUACGACCCAGUGAGCUGAAGAAGAUGGAAGAAGAGGAAGAUAAUGAUGAGGUUGUAGACAGCGAUUUUGCAGAGGAAGAGUUGGAAGAGGCAGGAGAAGAGGAGCAGGAGAUUGAGGAUGUGCAGCCUGAGAAGAAACUGUCCAAGAAGGUGCUGUUGGCUCAAAAGAAGGAGGAGAUGGCGACAAUGGCUCAGGCUAUUAUCGCAGAACCUGAAGCCAACGUUGGUCAGCUGAGGAAGCUGAGGGCUAUGGCUCAGGAUCCCAGCGACGUGAUCAAAAAGUUGGCGAUGUUGACACAACUGGCAGUUUACAAGGAUAUCUUGCCCGGAUACAGAAUUCGACCCCUCACAGAGAAGGAGCAGAGCGUUACUGUAUCCAAAGAGGUGGCCAAGCUGCGCGAUUAUGAACAAUCACUUCUUCAAAACUACCAGAACUAUCUGCAGAGUCUCGAGAAGGUGCUAGCACAGGAUCGGCCAGGAAAGGAGGAAGAAGAGGCGGAAUUGGGAUCAAAAUCAGCAGCGGUAUCUUUGACUGCACCAGCUCCAACUGUUGGAUCGUUGGCAGAGGGCGAAGCUACCAAGAGGGCCAAGGCAGAUUUGGCGACGGUUGCGAUUCACUGCAUGUGCAACCUCUUGACGAGUGUUACGCACUUCAACUUCCGACUGAAUCUGAUGACAGCCUUGAUCGCCAGGAUGAGCCGUCGUCAUUGGAGCGAGCUCUCGGAGACGUGCAGCAAGGCAUUGAAGGAAGUAUUCACAGAAGACGAGUCAGGAGAGGCGUCUUUGGAUGCUAUCAAGCUGAUUACAAAAAUGAUCAAGUCCAAAUCGUAUCUGAUCCAUCCCAAUGUGAUCAAUGUGUUCUUAACACUGAGACUCAAGGAGGAGCUACCGACACGACAGGGUGGCGAUGAGGGUGCAAACCCCAAAAAAAGGAAAAAGAAGGAGAAAAUCCAUAUCAGCAAAAAGAAUCGCAAGCUGCUUAAAACCAAGAAGGAGGUUGAGGUCGAGAUGAAGGAGGCAGAGGCAGUCGUCGAUAAGGAAGAAAAGAUGCGGAUGCAGACCGAGACUCUGAAGCUCGUCUUUGUUACGUACUUCCGUAUCCUUAAGCACGCCCCAGGAUCAACUCUUUUGCCAGCGGUACUGGAGGGUCUUGCCAAGUUCGCUCAUUUGAUCAACGUUGACUUUUUCACGGACUUGCUCGAGGUUCUGAAGAAGAUCAUGGUCGGUGGCACCGAUGCACAUAAUUUUGAUCCCUACACUCCCGCCAACCGCCGCACACAGCUCCUAUGCAUCGUCACGGCUUUCCAUCUGCUGCAAGGGCAAGGAGAGGCUUUGAAUAUCGAUCUGAAGGCGUUCUAUGUUCAAUUUUAUACCACUCUACUGACCGUGGCAAUGAAUUCCGACAUCGAAGGCGAUAUUUUCGAGGCCGCAGAGUCAUCCGCCAAGGAAAAGGAGAAACAGAAGCAGGCAGCCAAGGCUCAGUGGAAGGGCAAGAGCAGCAAGAAGGCAAUUGAGGACGAAGCGCUGGUGGUUCUGGACACUGACCGGGAGCUGAUUCUGAAGGGAUUCGAGCUGCUGUUCUUCUCGACUAAGGGCAAAAUACCUGUGAUCCGAUCUGCGUCGUUCCUAAAGCGGAUUGCGAUCGCGUCGCUGCAUUUCCCGAACAAGUCGAUGAAAGACUUUUUGACGAUCAUGAAGAAGUUGAUCCAGAAGCAGCCGCAGUUGGACCAAUUGCUCACAGGAUCAGACGAGGACCGGGCAGGUAACGGUGUGUACUUACCAGCACUGAAUGAUCCAGAGCUGUGCAACCCAAUGGCAGCCAGUCUAUGGGAGUUUGAGCUUAUGAAGUCCCACUUUGAUCCCAAGGUGCGGCAGAUGGCUCGCGAGCUGGCAGUCUUUACACCAAGCGCAGGACAGCGCACACACGAUCGCACCAUCAACAAGUAGAGCUUUAUUCCAUAUUCAUAAACCUGCAUUUAUUAUAGUAACUCAUAAAUUUUUUUUCCGGAAACUAUCAAUUGCCAACUAGACCAAUCAAAUGCUGUUAUUGUUCACUGGCACAAAAACUGUUCUCCACUUCUUUUUUGUCAAGUCCACUCCAUCACACGAGCACACACCUCUCAAACUCAUCCGGACGAUGGCUUCACAGUAUCCCCGAU